UCUAAAUUCAACUAUUUGUUUCACACUUUUAAAGGAAAAACAAGCGAAUUUAUGAGAACCAGAAUGACCUUGUCGACCGUUAAAGUUAACAACCGAAAUGGAAAAAUUCAAAAUAAGAUGGGAAAGGAUGAUGAUAAAAUUAUUAACUUCCAUAAAAUAUCAGUAGGAGAAUUUGAUUACGAUAAUGAAUGUGCUUCUUUGUGCGAUGAUGGAUGCAAGAUGGACGCCGAUAAAUUGGCGGCGCAACCGAAAAAAUAUAAAAAUACCACAAAAUCGAUCGAAGAAACUGAACCGGAAAACGCCUUAGAGCAGUGCAGCCGAUUUAUAAUGGACCUUUUUAUGAAGAAUGGUCCUAACUACAGCUCAAAGUUAUUGAGACAAACUUCCUAUAAUUUGGAGGAGGAAAAUUCUAAAAUUUUACCCUGCGAACUAAAGGAUUUGAGUACAAAUAAGCCCGAAUUUUGUAACAACAGUAACACAGAACUGACCCAAAAUGACAAUAAUUCAAACGAAAAGAAUCAAAAGGAAAUGCCAACUCAUGAAACGGACAAUUCAAACAACAACGAUAAAAUAGAUGAGAUAAUGCAAUACGUAUGCCAAAAUAUGGCAGCUACCUCUGCAAACAGUAUAACGAUUGACAACAUAGAUGAUGAUAAUGAAAAGGGAAAUAUAUUGGAAGCUGAUCACGAUCUAGUUAAAAUUAAAGCAAAUUCAAUCCUCUACGAUAUAAGUCGUUCCAGAGGGGCAAAGAAAGACAGUGAACGUAUUGGUAGCAGCGAUAAAUGCAAAAGAACUAGGACCAAUUUCAGUAAUUGGCAAAUAGAACAACUCGAAAUGACUUUUCUCAACAAUCAUUACCCUGAUAUGUUUGUGAGGGAGAUGCUAGCUAAUGAGUUAGACCUGGUUGAAGCCAGAAUUCAAGUAUGGUUCCAAAAUCGCAGAGCCAAAUGGAGAAAAAAGGAACAUACGAAGAAAGGACCAGGCCGGCCCGCUCACAACGCUAAUUUGACGACUUGCAGUGGGGAACCCAUAGAUCCCGAGGAACUUAAGCGGAAGGAAGUUGAAAAACGCGAGAAAAAGAAAAAAUUUAAAUUGUCAAGUCCGAGCAGCGAUAUUAAAAACGCUUAUUGUCCAGACUUCGAUUCAAACUGUUCCGAAAGCCAAGGACAAACAAAUUCCAAAAAUAAAGAAAGUUAUUACCAAAAUUUAGGGGAAACACCAAUAUACAGGUGUAUGUCACUAGAUAAUCGAGAGGAAGAGCAUAGAUGUUCGAUGACAGAUGUUGACAAUAAAUCCAAAGAAGGAAGCAUAAAUAUGGAUAAAAACCUGGCAUUUAAGAACUUCUAUUAUGCCAAAAAUAAUACUGGGCAAAGGUUAGAUAAGCAGGGGACAUCUUUCGAAUUUGAGAGUGAAAGCAUGGUCGAUCAUGAUGAAUUCGACGACAAAAAAAAGGUGGAAAAUAAUUUAGCUGACAAGAGGAAAUCAAAUGAAGGGCUAUCAAAUAAUUCUAUCCAUGUAGUUAGGCAAAUUAAAUCUACGGUUGUGGAUUGCAAAAAAUUUAGCAUCGAAAAUAUUUUAUAUAGUAAUAUGAAUAGCAAACUGGGUCAAAAACUCGCGGAGUCAAAGGAUGAGAUCAAAAUAGUGAAAGUUCCCGACCUCAAAGGUUUUUCCAAAUCAGAAAAUAGACAGAAAGAUAGAAUAUUCAAAUAUUCAUACAAAAUUAGAGCUUACAGAGAUAGGGUCAGGAAAUCAAAAUUAUACCAAAAUCUAAACAGUAAAACUAGCAGAAGACUAUACAAAUGUGGCUUUCAAAGGCCAUUCAUCAUCGAUGAUAAUAAAAUAAAACUAGGUGAAGAUGAUAGGAUGAUGAUGCCUUUUAAAGAAGUAUUAAAAGACACCAAUAAGUCAAAUAUCAGUGCUUGGAUUUCUGCUCAAAUUUUGCGUGAUGCUUCUCAUGGCAAUAGUAAUAAUGAGAAAUCAUGUUCGUUUAGCUACGAUUCAGACUUGGAGAACUCCAGAAACUACAGAUACAAACGCCAAUUAGGUCCAGAUAUUAAAUAUCUGUUAAAUUAUUACGCCUUAAUGUUAUGUCAAUCUAGGAAUAAUACUCGCAUCGACAGGACCAAUUAUAAACGCCCAGGACAAUCAUUUCCGCAAAAUAAUAAUGCCCUCGCACACGAAACGCGAAUCUCGGAUUCAAAUGAGAAUAAUUAUCAUCCUUUCAUAAAUGGGACCAAAAGGAACGAAUUUACGGAUAGAAGAUGCCACGAAGCAUACCAUUAUAAACCCGCUCAUAAUAACAGCCAUUCCAUAUCGAAGAAAGACAUUAAAAGGCAAAAAUAUUUGAAUAUAACAAGCAUUCAUAAGUAUGAUUAUCCAUUUAACAACCAGCAAACCCGGUACCAUGAAGAUAUUCAUAAUAUUAAAAUAAAUCGUAACGCGAUACCGCCUCCGCGUAUAACUCGAAACAUUGCCGAUUCCGUUUUCGAUUACGAGAAAAGAGACGCCUGCUGGCCACUUUAUUCGCAUAUCAAUCGUCUUCGUAACCAGAUCGAAUCCCCUUCGACUAAUUUAACUUAUUCAACCCAAACGGGGAAAAAAUUGUACGAUCGGUGCGAUUGGGUAUCUCCGGAAGAAUCCCUCUCAGCACCCUCGAUAAAUUCGCAAGAAAAAAUUUGGUCGAACAUUUUGCGCAAUGAUACUUCAGCAACAACGUAUAACAACUUAAAAGAAGGGCAUUCCAAUUAUUUGAAAAUGUGGUAUUUAAAUCAAAUGUUUCAAAAUUUUUACAGUGUUUCAAACUAAAACCCCGUCAUUCCCAUCCCCCCCCCCUCCUCCACACUCUCGACCCUAAGAAUUAAAAUCGUAUUCGUUUUAAUAAUCACAUUAACAUCCAGUAUUUUUACGCAACGUAUUUAUUUAU